CAUACAGAAUAGAAGAAAUAAAAUGCAGUCUUUUCAACCCAUUGCUUUAAUUUUAAUAUUUGUAAUUCUUUUCUUUGAUAUUUGUGAAUCUAAUGAUUGUAGCAAUCCCUUGAAGACUAUUACUGUCAGUCAAUCAGGUAAAGCAAAUUUCAAAACAAUUCAAAGUGCCAUUGAUUCUGUCCAUGAAGGAAACUCUCAAUGGGUUCACAUCCAAAUAUCCUCUGGUGUUUACAAAGAGCAAAUAUAUAUUCCACAAAACAAACCAUGCAUUUAUCUUGAAGGAGUUAGCAGGCAAACCACAAGUAUAGAAUGGGGUAUACAUGAGAAUGCUACUUUCGAUACAAGAGCAAAUAAUACAAUUCUAAAGGGCAUUACUAUCGUGAAUACAUUGAACAGCCCGGUAUUAGAGGCGAAUGGCAUCACACAAGGCGUGGCGGCUAGAAUCCGUGCAGAUAAAUGUGUUUUCUAUAGUUGUGGUUUUCUUGGAGUGCAAGAUACUCUAUAUUCUGACAUUGGUCGCCAUUACUUCAAACAAUGUUUCAUCCAAGGUGGUGUCGAUUUCAUAUACGGAAAUGGUCAAUCAAUCUUUGAGGAUAGUAAUAUAUAUUUUUCGAUGGGGAGAAAUGGUCCGAAAAGCGAGGGAGUUAUUACAGCGCAUUAUAGAAAUUCAUCAAAUGAUCCAAGUGGAUUUGUGUUUAAUAGAUGUAAAAUAAGUGGUUCAUCAGGAGGAAAGUUCCAACUUGGGAGAUCUAUGGAACCUUAUGCAAGAGUGAUCAUAGCAAAUUCUUUCAUAUCAAAUGGUGUUAAACCCGAGGGUUGGAGUCCUAGAUUAUGCGUUGGCCAAGAAGCAAAGAUUACUUUUGUGGAGGAGAAAUGCUUUGGAGAUGGAGCAAACAAAUCGCAACGUGUGAAAUGGAUGAAGAGCUUGAGUGGAGGUGAACUAAAUAAAUUCUUGAGUCCCUCUUUUAUUGAUCAAGAAGGAUGGAUUUCUAAGUUGCCGACGAACAUAUUCAAUUGAAUGAUUGAUAUUUCGAAUGAAAGAAAUCAUUUUGAUUUUGAUACUUCAUUGGUCAAGUAUUAGCUGGAAAAUCAUUGGAAGUGAAAUACAAGAGUUACUUGUGGUUGCUUCUGUUGCAAGUCAUCGCAACAAUUUGCAAUUAGUUAUAGUUAGCUAGAAAAUUUUAAGGUAGAAAGCAAUUAUAAUUAAUUAGUGUCAUUGUUCAUAUAUGCCUAAAUAAGAAUUAACUAUGUAUUGUGCUCCAUAAUGAGUUGAGUUGAAUAACACUUUC